AUGGAUGAGCCAUGGACAGAACAACGUAAAACGACAAUCAAAAUACCCACCAAGAUUGCUAGGGACUCGACUGGAUCGAGCUUAUCGGAUCUCAGGAAAGAUCCCAGUGAGAUUAGUUCAAGUCAACAGGAUCCGUCAUCUCUCGGUACACACCCGUCAAAUGAGUCGACAUCAAAAAAGCUAAAAAGUCGCGGUUGGGGCGGUUGGGGCGAUUGGGGCGAUUAUGGCGGGGGUGGUGGUAAUAAUGGCGGGGGUGGUAAUAAUGGCGGCGGUGGUAAUAAUGGCGGCGGCGGUAAUAAUGGUGGGGGUGGUGGUAAUAAUGGCGGCGGUGGUAAUAAUGGCGGCGGCGGUGGUAGAAAUGGCGGCGGCGGUAGAAAUGGCGGCGGCGGUAGUGGAAGACCCCCGACACCACCGAUUCCAAUCCCACCAAAAGUUCCGCCUCCGCGACCAAAAGUUCCAAAAGUCCCGCCGCCGAAGCCGCCCGCAAUUACGCCGCCAUCAAUUACGCUGCCAUCAAUUACACUGCCGUCAGUUACGCUGCCAACAAUUUCACUGCCAACACAUCCGUCACCAGUAAAUCAUGGCACGGAUGGCCAAGGAAAUAAUGGCGGAAGCAACGGUUCUGGUAACAACAGUGGAAAUAACGGUAAUAACAGCGGUGCUGGAAAUAAUAGCAACAACGGUAAGCCAGGUAAGCCAGUUCCCAGCUACAGCCCAGCAGUACCUGGCGGUUCCCCCAACAACAAUCCCGGAGCAUCACCGAACAAUCCCAAUCAGCCCAAACCCGCAGAUCCAGAUAGUCCCGGUAAUGGUAAUAAUAGUGGAAGCGGUGGUCCUGCAGGAUACAACCAGCCCCCGGUCCAGAGCAACAUUAUCAAGCCUGUAAUACUGGCGGUUGCUGUUUGCGUUGCUGCCGUGGCUAUGGUAGCUCUCAUCAGUGCUAGACGACGAUCACGUUGUAACGAGCGUAACUUCCGAUUACCUGACACGGACUCUCUCGGGGAUGGUGAGAGUAGCAUUGAAACCGUAGAACGUCCGCCUAGUUUUAUGAUAAGCGUAAAAAAUGCAAUUAACGGGUUUGGUCGGCUAACCGUGUCGCAUGAUGCUGCGAAUAUUACAGGCCAAAGCAAAUUCACCGAAUUCAUAACCUGA